AUGUCGUCUGAAAAUAAACAAGGAUUCCCAGCCCAUAAUCCCUUGACUUCUUACUGGCUCAAGGAUCCUCAUCCGUUAGCAUCGUUUAGGUCUUCAGAAUAUGUCCCACAUGAGUGCGACAUCGCGAUUAUUGGCACCGGUCUAGCUGGCGUGGCAACUGCAUAUCAUAUACUUUCAGAUCCGAGUAUCAAUACAGCAAAAUUGAAAGUUGUCUUGCUGGAAGCGCGUCAAGCCUGCUCGGGCGCGACCGGGCGUAAUGGAGGACAUCUUAAAUUGGCAGCAUGGAUUGCUCGGCACACUAUCCUGAAUUUUGGAUACCAGGCUGCGGAGGAGGUCGUCGCACACCAGCUAAAUCAGUUGUCUGCUAUCCAUGGUAUUGCAGAGAAAGAAAAUAUCGAUUGUGAACUCCGUGUGACUCGCUCUUUUGAUGUAUUUUUUGAUGAGUCGCAUGCCUCUGAGACGAGAGAGUUUAUUUCUGCUUGUAAGGAAAAGGGAGUCGCAUGGGCUGAAGACAUCGAAUGGAUCGAGGCGUCUAGAUCGGAUGAGAUAACUGGUAUGAAAAAUACCAAAGGGGCCUUGGGUGUACCAGCAGUUUCUCUUUGGCCAUAUAAGUUGGUUACAGGUUUACUAGAAAAGGUAUUGGAACUCGGGGGGAAGCUCUAUACCGAGACAUACGUCGAGAAAGUGGAGGAACUGCGAAAUUAUACAAACCUUACUACUUCAAGAGGUAGUAUCAACGCAAGAAAAACCAUCUUUGCAACAAACGCCUAUACCGCGGCUUUGCUACCCCAGUUUGAAGGUGUCAUCACACCCUUCAAGGGUCAGAACUCUCAUCUUUCUCCAAUUCCGUCCUUUCACCCGACGAAGCCCCUUGAUUAUACGUAUAAUCUGCACUUCAACAGCAAGUAUGCCGACUAUCUUAACCCAAGACCGGAUAAUGGGAUAAUCCUUGGGGGUGGUAAAUGGACCUACGAAGAUAAACUAGAUCGAGCCGAAUGGUGGAAUACAACUGAUGAUACAAAUUUGAUCAAUGAUGCCUCCACGGAACAUUUUGACUUGGUGAUGGAGACCCAUUUUCAGGGAUGGGAGGAAGCUAAAGCUCAGCAUGAUUCAGUUUGGACUGGAAUCAUGGGACAGACACCAGAUAGUUUCCCACAUAUUGGAAGGGUUCCAGGUUCAGAGAAUCAGUGGUUAUUGGCUGGUUUUAAUGGGGCUGGGAUGACUAUGAUUUGCACUGCUUCGAGGGGAAUUGCGAGGAUGGUUUUGGAUGAACGAGAUUAUGAUGAGACGGGACUGCCGAAGGUGUUUAAAUCGACAUUUGAGCGGUUGGGUGUCAAGAAUUCGGGGUUUGCUUCUGAUUAA